GAAGAAGAAGCAAGCCAUCCAGUGGCGCGACAUUUCUCGGGUGGAGCUUGGGUCUCCUUGAUGUCCAACCAGCAGCUUUUGCAGCACCUGCGCCGCAGACCUGAAUGGGCUGACACCAGAGUGGCCGUGCGGACUUUGUGGCAAAACAAAGAACGCAUUUUGAGUGAGGGUCGCUGCGUAGAAAGCGAACUGUGCACCCAUUGCUGGCGAACCCACUACAUUCUCAGCAAGAGUUUGUACAGCCCUGGAACUUUGGUCGUUCAGGCAUCUGGUGAACACACCGGGCAUGACGGUGCUGUACCUUGUGCGUCAGGGAAAAUCUUCAACGAAAAGCAGCGCGAAAUUGCUGCCCGCUUCCUUUCCGGAGGUGGCCGUGGGGCCAAGAAUUUGCGCGUGGCCCUUCUAGCUGCAGGCUGUGCCGAUGCAUCAUUGCCUGACAACACCCAGCUUGCCAAUUGGUUGAGAAACAACAGCCGCAAAAACAAGGAUGCCCUCGACAAAGACAAGUCUGUUGUGGCAGCG